AUCAGCUGUGUAUCACACACUGGGAACAUGUAACGUAAAUAACAAAUGUGCGUAUUUAAAUUUACAGUGUGAAAAUGUCCACUGAGACAAUUGAUAAAAAGACUGCUCAAUGUUUAUGAUAAAUUUAUUGGUGAAAGAACAUGGCGCGCCGCAGAAGCAGCGGGAUCACGAACCUGGGCUUUAACCAGGAUCAAGGCUGCUUCACAUGCUGUUUAACAUCGGGCCUGCGGGUCUACAAUGUCGACCCGCUGGUUGAGAAGGCGCAUUACAGCAAAGAGGAGUUGGGCGAAGUGACACUAUGUGAAAUGGUGUUUCGUUCCAACUGGCUGCUGGUGGUGCGAGCGCGGCGGCCCUCCAGCCUUAUGCUGUUGGACGACCAGCACCGGGCCUUCCGAGCCGAGGUGAUGUUCAAGUCGCCCAUACGAGCUCUGCGGGCAAGAAAAGACAAGGUAGCAGUAGUGUUAGCGUCGUCAAUACAAGUGCUGUCACUGCCAUCGUUGGCGCGUGUAGCCUUGCUGCGCACGCCGGCUUCCGCGCGGCCUCUGUGCGCGAUCGCGACCGACCCUAAUGCCUUGCAGCUGUUAGCUGCGCCUGCGCAUCGGAAAGGCUCCUUGCAGCUGCUGGACGUCUCCCGGGCAGUAAAAGGCGCAGCGUCCAGUUCCCCAGCGGUAGUGGGCUGCCACCAAACAGACCUUGUUUGUAUAAGCCUCUCCGCAAACGGUGCUAAACUAGCCACUGCCUCGGAGCGAGGCACAAUCAUACGCUUGUGGGACACUACCACCAAACACAUGCUGCAUGAACUCAGGCGUGGAUCCGACUAUGCGGAUGUUUAUUGUAUAAACUUCAACUGGUCAGGCUCGCUUGUGUGCUGCGUGUCGGACAAGGGGACCCUGCACGUUUGGCUCGCGCGAGGCAACUACGCGCACGUGUGCGCCGCGCCCGCCGCGCCGCCUCUGCGAGCGCUGUGUGCGUUCAGCGACGAGGCCAGCGCUGUCGUUAUAUGUGAAGAUGGGACUUUUCACAAAUUCACGUUUUCUGCCGAGGGGAACUGCCAUCGUAGUGAUUUUGAAUACUUCUUACAGGUAGGCGACGAUGACGAAUUUUUGCAUUAACUGUUAUAAAUUUAAAUAGGAAUCGAGAGCUAUCUCUCGAAUAAUAUUAACUAGUUAAGAACUGAAUUCAAAAGUGAUAAUACGCUGUAAUUUAAAUUUUAAGGGCAUCCAAGAGUGGUGUAUUUUUGCUAUCUUAUUCGGUGAGAAUGUUGUUAUUCGAAUGUAUUUUUUAAGGAUAAUAUAAGUAUUGAAUGCGAUUUGUGAUAACCUAUUUACUUGUAUUAAAAAAAGUUCAACGUUUGAAUGUAAUUUUUGAAAAGAUACCUCCGUAUUCGCGAUAAUUACUGUGAUGUCUCACAGCGCAUCCCCACAGCAGAGUCGGGCCAGAGUUAUGUAGCUAGCAAGGGGUUUUUGCCGAUAAGGCCGCCAAUGGUACAACUUAAAAAUCAAAGCGUCAUUUCUAAGGUUCCGUACCCAAAGGGUACACCGGUACCCUAUUACUAAGACUGCGCUAUCAGUCUGUCUGUAUGUCCGUCCGUCCGGCUGUAUCUCAUGAACCGUUUUAUUUAAACAGUUGAAAUUUUCACAGAUGAUGUUAUUAAUACUAAAAAAACAGCUUAAAAUAAAUACUUAAGGGGGCGCCCAUGUUUUUUUACCGUCUUUAUAGAUAAUGCUAGAGCAACUGCCUUCCUUGCCGGCUUCUUCCCGGUACAAUCUGCCUUCCAAACCGUUGAUAGAGUCACUACAAACGGACAGAGUUUCAAAAGUGCUUAUAUUAGGCCUACUUCAAAUAAAUGAAUUUUGAAUUGUACAAAACCCUUCGUGCACGAGUCAUACUCGUACUUGGCCGGCUUUUAUGUUCUUGUCAUAUUUUUUUCAAGUAUAUUUUCUUUCUAACACUGCGUUUAUUAGCAUAUUUUGAGUUUAUUAGCAUAGAAACGCAGCAUAUUUUGUGCGUUCGGAUGAUCUGUGAGACUUAACAGUAAUAUUUGCGUAUACAUGUAGUAAAAGACACGUGCAUUAUAAUAAAUCGGAAGAAGGCUUUUAAUAGCGGCAUAUAACUGUGAAAUAUAUCUACUUCAAAAGACUGCAACGUUAAAUAAAAAUUAAUCUAUAUUAAAAAUCAAUGUUGUAAAUAGAGUACUUAUAUUACCCUUAAAAAUUAAAAAUUAAAAGUAAAAUUUAAAUUUUGGUACUAUUAAAUUAAGGUGUGGUACUUUUUCACCGAUUCUUAUAAAAAAAAAAAAAACUAUUACAAUCGAUUUUAUUUUAUUUUACAAAAAUAUUUAAACUGAUCGCAAUUAUUGAUAGCGGUACAAAUAGUGCUAUUCUUGUCUACUGAGAGCAUUGUGAAAAGGAUAGCACUACUGUCCGACCUAUUAAUUUUAGCUAUUAUGUAUAGCCGAAAAUAGCAUCAAAGGAAGAUGGGUGAUUUCGGCGUAGAUGCAAGGUAUUUUUUAAAGUGAUGAUCGCAGGGAAAAUUGUGCUAACUCUUCUACUUCUGGGCUAGAGGCCUCUCCCAACGGGAUGGUUUGCCAUCACCACACUGCUACAACAAUGGUAGUAGUAGCACAGAGGACGUUACGGACGGAUCUUCUUCGUUAUAUUCUCCUAGUCGCCUCGUAGAACACCCGCGGGUAGAGGAAGGGUGGUGAUAACUAUUGUAUUCUGAUCUGCCGUCACUGUUAUACUUACUGGCAGUGGCGUGCAUAGAGGGUAAGCAGAUAAUAUAAAAUGAAGAAAAAUCCAGUACGAGCUAUAAAAA